AAAUAUUGUAGAAGACGGGAAAUCUAAGGUCGGACGAGCCGAUCGCCGAAAUUUACGUUUUUUAGAUGUUUACAUCGAGGUGAACUGUGAAGCCGACGGCGAUGCUGGAAAGUACAAAUGCACAGUGUGCUGUAAGCUCUUCAAGACUAAACAAGGAUGUAAAAACCAUCUCCUAAAUGGACAUAACAUUCGAGACCAUGGUACUGCACCAGGGGAUUCAAAUACGGAAGUAAACAAAGCGAAGACAAAACCAAAGACAAAAAUAAAUACUAAAGCUGCAAGACGAGAAUUCUCGUACAAUAAAGAAGAUGCACUUUCUGGGGCAAAGGAGAUAUUGAUUGCCGCUAUGGAUAAGUUGCUGGCAAAGGACUAUAUUAAAGUGGGAGUGUUUGUCGGUGCCAUUGUCGUUCUGCAGGGUGUUAUUUCAGCUCUACAGAAAGGUGCAACAGAAUAUCCAGAUAUAAUGCAGAAUGCAAUGAUUUCUGUAAUAGAAAUCCUAUGGCCAGCCAUUGUAGCUGGGGAUAAACUGCUCUUCAGCUGUUCACGCAGAGAAGCAAUUUACAGAAAGUACCAUGAAGUAAGACUCUCUGCUACAUUGAAACGUGCAUUAUUAACAUUGUGUGAACAUGUAAACCAAAAGGCCAAUAACUCUCAAAGAGCGUAUCUUGUUAAUGCAAUUUUUGAAGAGAUAUUGUUACGACGGGAGAAAAUUCAUAAACAUGACAACACCCCUGUGAUGAAGAUGGAUAUCAUAGGGGAAAAUGUUCUGAGAUAUGCAUGUGGUUAUAUUCCUAUGGCAUUAAGAAGACAGGCAAGGAAAAGAA